UCCUAUUGUUAACCAUGUCAAUCAAACUAGCUUACAAAAAUGGAAUUUGUAGUCCAAGACUUUCUGACUAGUUCAAUUAUUGCUCUAGCGAUUGGUUGUUUCUAUGUAACUUUUCAUUGUUUCCGUAGCCGAUCUAACAAGUUCGAGAAACAUAAGCUACCGCCGGCAGCCGGCGGAGGGAGGCCAGUUUUGGGCCAUCUCCACCUCUUCAGAGGCUCCGUCCCUGCACACGUGGCCAUCGGAGACAUGGCUGACAAGUACGGACCGGCGUUCACUAUCCGGAUCGGCUUGAAGAGAGUGUUGGUCGUCAGCGACUGGAAAUGGGCCCAAGAAAUUUUCACUUCCCACGACGUUAGCGUUUCGGAUCGUCCGAGGUUUCGCGCCGCCGAGCACUUGGGCUACGGCUACAAGAUGUUUGGCUUCGCACCCUACGGCAGUUACUGGCGAGACCUUCGGAAACUCACCUCCACGCAGCUUCUCUCCCACCGGCGGCUUGAGCAGCUGAGCCACGUCAGAGUCUCCGAGGUCGAAACCUCCGUCAAGGAGCUUUAUAAUCUUUGGAGGGAAAAGAACCCCGCCGCAGGCGGCGGAGAUGGCGGCCCGGUUUUGGUGGAAAUGAGGAGAUGGUUCGGAGACGUGACAAUGAACGUGUUCCUUCGGAUGAUCGCGGGAAAGAGAUGCUUUGGGGGGACGGCGGAGAUUGGCGGUGAUGACGACGGCCGCCGUUGCCAAAGGGUAUUGAGAGACUUUCUUCACUAUCUUGGGGUUGCUGUUCCGGCGGAUGCCCUGCCGAUCUUGGGAUGGUUAGAUCUCGGGGGGUAUGAGAAAGCCAUGAAAGGAGUUGCUAAAGAAAUGGACUCUCUCGUUGACCAGUGGCUACGGGAACAUCGCCGCCGGCUCAAAGAAGAUGCAACCGGUGCCGCCGGCGGCGGCGGUGAGAGAGAUUUUAUGGAUGUCAUGCUUUGUAAUGGUUACGAUUCUGACGAUACAGCCAUCAAAUCCACUUGCAUGUCGUUACUUUCGGGAGGAGCAGAUACGACCAUGGUAAUGCUUACAUGGGCUCUUUCAUUGAUCAUAAACAGCAACCACGUGUUGAAGAUGGCUCAGCAAGAGCUAGACAGGGUGGUGGGCAAGGAAAGAAGAGUUAACGAAUCAGACAUCAAUUCUUUAGUAUAUCUCCAGGCCAUAGUCAAAGAAGCCUUAAGGUUGUACCCUGCUGCACCCCUAGGGGGACCAAGAGUGUUCAGAGAGGACUGUACCAUCCACGGGUUUCAUGUCCCAAAAGGCACGUGGCUUUACUUGAACAUCUGGAAGCUCCAACGGGACCCACACCUUUGGUCCGACCCUAAUGAUUUCGAACCGGAAAGGUUUAUUUUUAAUGAUAACGGUCACAAUAAUGGUUUCGAGUUGAUCCCAUUUGGUGCGGGUAGAAGGGUGUGUCCAGGAGUGGCAUUUGGGCUGCAGAUGCUGCAUUUGGUGCUUGCUAAUGUAUUGCAUUGCUUUGAACUUUCAACUUCUGCUGCAAUUGAUAUGAGUGAGAGUUUUGGACUAACGAAUCUUAAAGCCACCCCACUUGAGAUUCUGAUUUCACCACGCCUAUCUUCUUCCUUGUAUUAGCCAGCCAGUCACAUAUGAUGGGUUGUUUGUAUUAGCAGAAAUAUGGAUCAUUGAUGUGAAUAAUAGUGGUAUGUAUUGUGUAAUGGUAUAUUAAAUAAAUUAAGAUUGUUUAACUUAGCUAUUCAAUUUGACUUGUACACGAGUUGGAAUGUGUUGUAUAUAUGAGUUAAUGUC